AUGAAUGUUGCGUCACCAAAAGGUGACGACGUUUACAAGUAUGCAACUUCAAGAAGGCUACUGUAUGUAUUCAUGCUAACUGCAUUUGAACCGCUCCCGGCUCGAUACUUCUGGCAGCGAAUCAAGCUGUAUGAGACAUUGACAUAUAAUCAUAAGUUCAAUCAGUUGAUCAUUGAGACAACAGAAGCGUUUGAGUCGUUUCUAAGAGGUAUUGGGGAGAAGGAGGCGGUGACGAGAGCGGUGAAUAAGGUAAUGAGUGGUCGAGAGACAGACAAAGGCUGUUGGAGAUGUGGUCUGGACGUGGAGGUUGAGGAUAUUGAAGAGAAGACAAUUAUUUGCGUGUAUCGGUUGAAGCAAAUUAUGGAUGGAGCACGAGCUAAAAUGACGCACAACAAGAAGCGGGGGGACAGGAAAAGAAAGGCGAAGGAGGUAACGGCUCAGAAGAAGGCAUAA